GUCACGAUCCUAUUAGACCUCUUUUGCAAGUUAGAAUCUCCGUAGUCGUGAUCGAGUCGGCCAUUUGGUCUUUAUAAACGAAGCCCUAGAGUCUUUCAUUCAUCACUUAUUUUGCAAUUCAAUUUUGGAAUUCAUUCUUGCCUUUCAAAUUCUCUCAAGAUGCAAAUCUUCGUCAAAACCCUAACCGGCAAGACCAUAACUCUCGAGGUCGAGAGUUCCGACACCAUCGACAACGUCAAGGCCAAGAUCCAGGACAAGGAGGGCAUUCCUCCAGAUCAGCAGAGGUUGAUCUUCGCCGGGAAGCAGCUCGAGGACGGCCGAACCCUCGCAGAUUACAACAUCCAGAAGGAGUCAACCCUCCAUCUGGUCCUCCGUCUCCGUGGUGGCAUGCAGAUCUUCGUCAAGACUCUCACCGGCAAGACCAUCACUCUGGAGGUCGAGAGCUCCGACACCAUCGACAACGUCAAGGCCAAGAUCCAAGACAAGGAAGGCAUCCCACCAGACCAGCAGAGGCUCAUCUUCGCUGGCAAACAGCUCGAGGAUGGGCGUACCCUCGCUGAUUACAAUAUCCAGAAGGAGUCGACCCUCCAUCUCGUCCUUCGUCUCCGUGGUGGCAUGCAGAUCUUCGUGAAGACCCUCACGGGGAAGACCAUAACCCUCGAAGUGGAAAGCUCGGACACGAUUGAUAAUGUCAAGGCCAAAAUCCAAGACAAGGAGGGUAUUCCCCCGGACCAGCAGAGGUUGAUAUUUGCUGGAAAGCAGCUUGAGGAUGGUAGGACCCUUGCGGAUUACAACAUCCAGAAGGAGUCGACCCUCCAUCUUGUGCUGCGUCUCAGGGGUGGCAUGCAGAUCUUUGUGAAGACCCUUACUGGGAAGACCAUCACUUUAGAAGUGGAGAGCUCCGAUACCAUUGAUAAUGUCAAGACUAAGAUUCAGGACAAGGAGGGUAUUCCCCCGGACCAGCAGAGGUUGAUAUUUGCUGGAAAGCAGCUUGAGGAUGGUAGGACCCUUGCGGAUUACAACAUCCAGAAGGAGUCGACCCUCCAUCUUGUGCUGCGUCUCAGGGGUGGCAUGCAGAUCUUUGUGAAGACCCUUACUGGGAAGACCAUCACUUUAGAAGUGGAGAGCUCCGAUACCAUUGAUAAUGUCAAGACUAAGAUUCAGGACAAGGAGGGUAUUCCCCCGGACCAGCAGAGGUUGAUAUUUGCUGGAAAGCAGCUUGAGGAUGGUAGGACCCUUGCGGAUUACAACAUCCAGAAGGAGUCGACCCUCCAUCUUGUGCUGCGUCUCAGGGGUGGCAUGCAGAUCUUUGUGAAGACCCUUACUGGGAAGACCAUCACUUUAGAAGUGGAGAGCUCCGAUACCAUUGAUAAUGUCAAGACUAAGAUUCAGGACAAGGAGGGUAUUCCCCCGGACCAGCAGAGGUUGAUAUUUGCUGGAAAGCAGCUUGAGGAUGGAAGGACUCUGGCUGAUUACAAUAUUCAGAAGGAGUCCACCCUUCAUCUUGUCCUCCGUCUUCGUGGUGGUUUCUAAGUGGUGCUUUGGGUACUUUUCUGGUGGUUUAUGAAUAUUGUUAAUUGAAGUUUACAACUUGUUCUGUUAUCUUGGUGGCCAUGAGGCCUUUAAAUAAAAGUAGAAAGUUUUAGUACCUUUCUAAUUAACAUA